AUGUCUCACGGCUCAAAUCCAGUACCUAAUAGGAGUCAUGUCCGAGAUGUACGCCCCGACUUUGAAGCGCUUCUCCUGGGUCACGAGAUCGCCGAUCUCGUCCCUACCCAGGUUGUGCAAGAUAGCAGCUAUUGCAUGGGCCUCGAGAUCACGGCCUUGGAGCCCGGCUGUCUUUGCUGCAAUGAUAAAACCGAAGAGCCAGGCCCUUACGCUGCGGUUAUAAGCGAGGUCACUAAGAUGCUUGCGGCAAAGAGCGAGAGCUUUGUUUCUGCUUCUUCUUUCCUCGCCUACACCAAAUCAUUACCCCUAAUCCCAACCUCAUCUCCCUCGAAGCUCGUGCAUCGGUCUCGUCAUCCGCGAGAUCCAGCACCGAGCUUCUCCCCAUCUUCCACCACGUCUCCUCUAACACGAAAGAGGAAAGCUAUUCAGACAGCCAAGGAAGCCAAUAUACCCGUCAAAACAACCAAGCUUAGCGAGGGUCUCAGUGAAGAUUUCGCAACAGCCUCGUCCGGGGCAGCACUCAACACCCCACCAUUGACUACCAUGGAUUCGGACGACGAGUUUAUGAGCGGUCUAUCGAGCCAAGACGAAGAUGAUUUCGGAGCUGCUCAAGAAAGUGACGAUGGAAGCCUAGGAGAUGAGUUCGACGAUGAGGAAGAGCCGGAUGUUGGCUUCUCGCAAGACAAAGAUCUCAAGCCCACAAGGAAGUCCUACGAGGUUGAAUACAACGUUUUCUCACCAACAGAUAUACAAUUACAUCAGGACAAGCAAAUCGACGAAGUCUCAGCGAUCCUUGGCCAGCCAUCGGAAGCUUCUGCUAUACUUCUACGGCACCUUCGAUGGAACAAAGAGCGACUCAUCGAGGCAUACAUGGACAAACCUGAUACCAUUUUAGAGGCUGCCGGACUAGGGCCAGACGCUGCUCAGACGCCAACGACCAAGGUGAUCAGAGGCUUUACGUGUGAUAUCUGCUGCGAAGACACGCCUGGCUUGGAGACGUACGCAUUGAAAUGUGGACAUCGCUACUGUACCGAUUGCUACAGACAGUAUCUCGCUCAGAAGAUCAAGGACGAAGGCGAGGCGGCAAGGAUACAGUGUCCAACCCGCGGCUGCCAUCGGAUUGUAGACGCCAAGUCGUUGGACUUGCUUGUUGCAGCAGAGCUUAGGUCAAGAUACCAAGUGCUUCUCACGCGUACCUACGUUGACGACAAAGAGAACCUGAAGUGGUGCCCAGCCCCCAAUUGCGAGUAUGCCAUUGAAUGUGGCAUUAAGAAAAAAGAUCUCAGCCGAAUAGUCCCUACAGUUGCAUGCUCAUGCAAACAUCGCUUUUGCUUUGGCUGCACCCUGAGCGACCACCAACCGGCACCAUGCUCACUGGUAAAGCAAUGGGUCAAGAAAUGCGAAGACGAUUCGGAAACAGCGAAUUGGAUAUCAGCAAACACUAAAGAGUGCCCUAAAUGCUCUUCAACGAUUGAGAAGAAUGGCGGUUGUAAUCACAUGACAUGCCGGAAAUGCAAACACGAGUUCUGCUGGAUGUGCAUGGGAUUGUGGUCGGAGCACGGCACGAGCUGGUACAACUGCAACCGUUUCGAGGAGAAAUCAGGCACCGAUGGACGUGAUGCCCAGGCCAAAUCGAGACAGUCUCUCGAAAGAUAUCUACAUUACUACAACCGCUACGCCAACCACGAGCAGUCAGCUAAGCUCGACAAAGAUCUCUACCUGAAGACCGAAAGGAAAAUGAUGAAUCUGCAGACGGCAUCUGGAAUGUCGUGGAUCGAGGUCCAAUUUCUAGAGACAGCAUCGCAAGCACUACAGCAAUGCCGGCAGACGCUUAAGUGGACAUACGCGUUUGCAUACUAUCUUCAACGAAACAACUUGACCGAGAUCUUUGAAGACAAUCAGAAAGAUCUCGAGAUGGCCGUCGAGGGCCUCAGUGAGAUGUUCGAAAAGCCUACUACUGAGCUGGCAGCUUUGAAGGUCGACAUGAUGGACAAGACAUCUUACUGCAACAAGAGGAGAGUCAUCUUACUGGACGACACAGCCCAAAACCUCAAAGCUGGCGUGUGGAAAUUCAAUGUAGACAUUGGUGCCUACCGUUUGAUUCCAAUAUUCGCAGCUGAUCACGGUGUCGUGACUCGAGCGGCUGGAGGCUUCACUCUUCUCUCAUUGGUCUUCUUCCUUCUUAUCUUGCCCAUUGAACGCCUUGCAGCACACGAGACAAACGAUCACCCUCGUUCUGCCAUCGACGGCAUCUCCGCGCGCGAGCAGCUAAGGCGGUGGAGAAAUUCUCCUUUCGAUGUCUUCGUUGUGGCUAUAUUACAGGAUGUGGAGGCGCGGAAGGUCGAAAGUGCUCUUCGAGUAGGCACUAUUGUGCGAGAUAGCCCGCACCCCAUGCGGCAGAUAUACGAUUUGUGUGGGAAUAGCUCGUUGCAUGUCUUAGGAUCUGUAAAUCCAACAGUCGCGACUGGCAGCUUCAACCCUGAUCACCUCCUGGCAUACACUGAAGCCUCUAGUCCGUUUCCUAGUGUAUUCUGUCCAAAGACUUGCAAUGUCAGUGUCCAAGUCAUCAUGUUCGAUCGUCCCUCUCCACGUCAAAUGCAGUAUAUGUCCCUAGACCCUAUCUCGCUUGUAUUAGGAGACAAGAAUCUAGGAAGUGACGGUGCGCCGCACAAGCUGGGAAAUGGUGAUCUGGAUACUGAGACCGAGAGUACCGGUACACCACAAUUGGUUAAGAAGCUUCAACUGCACACCGUGAUCAGGCAUGCGCUGUCACAAAAAGAGGUCAUGCUACCAACCAUUUUGGCACAGAUCAAUUGCUCCUCUGAAUUGGCAAAACUUCUGGCAAGAAAUUCAUACCUUCUGAGGACACGGCAAAAAAGAAGCUUAAGUGUGAGCGAGAAAGUCGUAGAAUCAGCCACUACUGUCCGGGACUAUAUUAUCGACGUUGCAUGGCGUAUUAUCACCAUCUGGGUGUGGCCUCUUCUGAGCAGGACCUUUUUGAUGGCGCUCAUAUUUCAUCGGACAGUUGCGGAGGUGAUAUUACGUGUGCUUGAGUGGAGACCUCGCCCUGAUAGAGCAGCGUUGAAGGAUAUAUCUGCUACAGCGCAGCAGGUGGAUAUCCGACUGCAGCAGUUUUGCUAUUGGCCCAUGCAGUAUCUGACCCUACGCAAAAGGAAGGACGACUGGGAAAGUAUUACAGACAGGCACCCAGACUACAUUCGCUUCUUCAACAGCCUCUGGCUCGUGGCAAAUGAUGUGAUUAUAGGAAUCGCCUUGGGUUCCUACAUCAUCGACAAUGCUGCGUGGGUCGCUUGGCAAAUCAACACUGUCCUUAUGGGCUGGACUGUGGAAGGCUUGCGAGACAUGAUCUUAUGGCUCAUGGAUUGGCCUGCAGGUCUAAAACUCAAUACUGAACUAGCCAUCUUUCUUGGUGACCUGUUUCUCUGGGUUAUUGACCUUUGGAAAGAAUGUGUGAUUGGGCUACAACCUUUAUUGCCUCACGUCAUCUACUUCAUUGGCUUCUCAAGUUUUGCCGGCGCCACUAUGCCCAUCUCCAUGUUCUCCGACCUUUUGUCACUACUGACUGUACACAUUUACUGCUUCUAUACCGCAUCAGCUCGUAUAUUUCACUGGCAGCUCACCAUCAUUAUGUCUCUUUUCCACCUCUUCAGGGGCAAAAAGCACAACGUGCUACGCAAUCGAAUUGACUCAUGCGACUACGACUUGGACCAAUUGCUUCUAGGAACUAUACUGUUCACUUUGCUAUUCUUCUUGCUGCCGACUGUGGCUGUAUUUUACCUGACAUUCACCUCCGCAAGGAUGGCCAUAAUAUUUCUCAAAGCCGCCUUAGACACGUCGCUGGCUUGCCUGAAUCAUUUCCCUCUCUUUGCAUUAAUGCUUCGAGUGAAGGACUCGAGGCGUCUUCCUGGUGGCAUUUGUUUCGAGCUUCGGGAUACCCCAUCUGUUUCUUCACCUUUUAACGAUCUAAAUGAUACCCCUCCGACAUCGUACAUAAUGCUCAAAUCUGUCCCUCUCUCUUUGCGGGCCAUGUUCAAUCAGUACUUCCAGCUCGGACACCGUAUUCAUAAGCACUACUUCUCGCCUAGUGUUAUUCUAUGCCUAGUCACCGGUCAAUUUUUACCGCCGAUUCACAGGAAGAGCCUCUACAGCCUUCAAUACAGCAUGCUGCCAGCGCAGCGUGCGGGCGUCCUCGAAGCAUGGAAACGGCUCACAGAGCAGUCUCCAGCCAUAAGAAACACCUUUGCGAAAUUGCCAAAUGGCAUAUCUGUGCAACGGGUCCGUCGUCCCUAA